CACCGAGGCGCCCGUCUAUUGGCUGCGGUAGAGUUCCCAGGAGUGGCGUUGCGUAUGCGCUCGCAUCGCGCAACAGUGUAAUCGCGGGCGUGUGUUUGUUCUUCGUACUCCGGAGCCUCCGCAGCACCGGUUUCUCACCCAGAGCUCUAGUCACCGGAGCUUGGAAUGUUCCCGCAACUUAAUAACCUUCUGAACACCACCCCUGCCGGGGUGGAGCAGGGAAAACUGACUUUACUCUGUGAUGCCAAGACAGAUGGCAGUUUCCUUGUCCACCAUUUUCUUUCCUUCUACCUCAAAGCUAACUGUAAAGUCUGCUUUGUGGCACUUGUCCAGUCUUUCAGUCACUACAAUAUCGUGGGACAGAAGCUGGGUGUCAGUCUGACCAUGGCACGGGAACGUGGGCAGCUUGUAUUCCUUGAGGGUCUCAAGUCUUCAGUGGAUGUCUUCUUCCAGGCUCAGGAGGAGACACACCCGCUGCAGUUUCUCAGGGAGGCCAGCGCUGGGAACUUGGAACCAUUGUAUCAGUUUGUACGGGAGGCCUUGAAACCCGUGGAUAAUGAGGAGGCUACCUGGAGGUGUCCAGUGCUGCUGGUGGAUGACCUCAGUGUGUUGCUGAGCCUAGGCUUGGGGGCAGUGGCCGUGCUGGAUUUCAUCCACUACUGCAGAGCCACUGUGUGCCAGGAGCUAAAGGGAAAUGUGGUGGCCCUGGUACAUGAUAGUGGAGAUGCUGAAGAUGAGGAGAAUGACAUCCUGCUAAAUGGCCUCAGUCAUCAGAGUCACCUAAUCCUGAGAGCUGAGGGCCUGGCCACUGGUUUCUGCAAGGAUGUACAUGGACAGCUAAGGAUCCUUUGGCGGAGACCAUUGAAGCCCACAGCCCAGCGGGAUCGGAGCCUCACUUACCAAUACAAGAUACAGGAUAAGAGUGUGUCCUUUUUUGCCAAAGGAAUGUCUCCUGCUGUUCUGUGACCUGAUUUAGGGGCAACCAAGGCUCCUUUGGACUCUUUGGGAUGUGGAAGACAAAGCAUCCCCACAGGAUGGGGUCUUCUGCCUUUGUCAUACUGUUUCAGGUUGGACUGGCAGCUCCCCUGUCACCAGGGAGGGGCUGUAAUGGUGUGUAUGCCUUUGUUCCUCUGGGCCCUGUUCAGAAAACAGAGUGAAGAUCCAUGACCCUGAGUGAGGCUGGAUAUUCAACUCCAGCAAAAGGCACUUUGGAGCUUUCCAUGUAAAUACACUAUAGCCCCACCUGCUCAUUUUGAGUUAUGUCUUUUAGAGCCAGAGUGGAUUCAGUGUGCCAUCAGGUGAUAACCUGAAUGGCAGGUGUCCAGAGUGACAACUAGGACAACUGUGGCUGGAAUAAAGUGAGUUCCUACACUGGGGCUUCCUGGGGGUUGUCUCUUUUAAGUUGGUUUUUUUUUUUUUUUUUUUUUUUUGGUACUGGGGAUUGAACCCAGGGACACUGAACCAUUGAGCCACAUCUCCAGCCUUAUUUUGUAUUUUAAAGUAGAGACAGAAUUUCACAAAGUUGCUUAGCACCUCUCUUUUGCUGAGUUCAAUCUCCUAGACCAUAAAUAAAUAAAAUAAACGUUCACAUUAAAGCAUUUAACUUGGGGCUGGGGCUGUAGCUCAGUGGUAGAGCGCUUACCUAGCAUGUUUGAGGCACUGGGUUCAAUCCUCAGUAUACCACAUUAAAAAUAAAUAAAUAAAAGUAAAUGAAGUAAAGGUUAAAUUCUUUUUUAAAAAAUAUUCAUUUUUUAGUUGUAGUUGGACACAAUAUCUUUAUUUUAUUCAUUUAUUCUUAUGUGGUGCAGAGGAUCAAACCCGGGCCUCGCACGUGCUAGGCCAGCAUUCUACCGCUGAGCCACAACCCUAGCCCAAGUUCUUUUUUUUUUUUUUAAUUUAUACAUGACAGCAGAAUGCAUUACAAUUCUUAUUACAUAUAUAGAGCACAAUUUUUCAUAUUUCUGGUUGUAUACAUAGUAUAUUCACACCAAUUCGUGUCUUUAUGCCUGUACUUUGGAUAGUAAUAAUCAUCACAUUCCACCAUCAUUAAUUACCCCAUGCCCACUCCCUUCCCCUCCAACCCCUCUGCCCUAAAUCUAGAGUUUGUCUGUUUCUCCCAUGCUCCCGCUCCCUAUCCCACUAUGAAUCAGCCUCCUUACAUCAAAGAAAAUAUUCCGUAUUUGGUUUUUUGGGAUUGGCUAACUUCACUAAGCAUUAUCUUCUCUAACUCCAUCCAUUUACCUGCAAAUGCCAUGAUUUUAUUCUCUCUUAUUGCUGAGUAAUAUUCCAUUGUGUAUAUAUGCCACAUUUUUUAAAUCCAUCUACUGAAGGGCAUCUAGGUUGGUUCCACAUAUAGCUAUUGUGAAUUGUACACUUGGAGGCUAGGGCAGGAGGAUCCCAAGUUUGAGGCCAGCCUGAGCAACUUGGUGAGACCCUGUCUCAAAAUAAAAUAAGGUAGCUCAGUGGUAUAGUACUUGCCUAGCACGUAUGAGGCCCUGGGUUUGAAAGUACUGCCACACAAAAGAAAAGAUCUCUAGUGCAGAGAGUUAACUUCUUGUAUCCUUGCCGUCUGAUAUAUGAUAGGAACUUGAGUAUGAAUUCAUCAUUGAGAUUUUAAAGUUUUUUUUUUUUAGUGACUGUAUUAUGGCUAUUAGGGUGGCUCCCAUUUAUUGGAAUAGAGACAUUUUAUGUGUUUACCCUCUGGUUUAAUUUGUUUCAACAGCCACACAGAGUGGUGUUCUUGGUUGCAGCCUGGGUCUUGACUUCUAAGUCAAUCCCCUGAGGCAAAGUCAAUCCUCUUGGUCAUGGAGCUGCUGUUUGUGUCAGAAUUAGAAUUUGAAUGCGAGGAGUCUGACCCUGUAGCAGCCUUUUCCACUUUAUCAUAUUGCCAACUGCUAUUACUCAUACUUAAUUCAUGGUGAACACGAGACCAAAUGCAAGUGAUUCCAGAGGCUGCCCCAUAUCAUGAUGAAAUACCCUUGUCUGUUCAUGACAGGCCAGGCAGCUGGGCAAUAGGCUGGAACUUGGAGUCUUGGGUCCCAGACCGACUGAUGCCACCUGGUCAAUCCUGAAUAAACUUGGGCACAUCUUCCUUCUCUAGGGGAAUGCUUCUGCAUCUGUGAAAUACACCAUUCUCUGUUUUUCAAGAUUGUCUAUGGGAUUGGGAUUAGAUAUUUCAUUUUUUGGUGCUGGGGAUUUCACGCAUUGGUGCUUUACCACUAAGCUACAUCCCCAACCUUUGUUUUGAGACAGCACCUUGCUAAGUUGCUUUGGGCCUGGGUUGAGAUUGGUCUUGGACUUGUGCUCUUCCUAUCUCAGCCUCCCGAGUCACUUGGAUUACAGCUGUGUGUCACCACACCUGGCAAGAACAGAUUUAAGAAUAGGCACAGGGUAGAAGCUGAAGUACUUGGGAAUUAUCAUCAUUUCUUGAUGAUUUCCAGGUUCCACUAGUUUUUUUUUUUUUUUUCUUAAAUUGUUGGUAGAUCUUUAUUUUAUUUAUUUAUUUAAAUGUGGUACUGAGGAUUGAACCCAGUGCCUCACACAUACCAGAUAAGUGUGCUACUGCUGAGCACCAACCCCAUCCCCUCCAUUAGGUUUUUUGUUUUUUUUUUUUUAAUGUUUUAGUUGUCAGUGGACCUUUACUUUAUUGAUUGAUAUGCGGUGCUGAGAAUCGAACCCAGUGCUUUACACAUGCCAGGCAAGUGGUCUGCCACUGAGCCACAGCCCAGCCCUCCAUUCGUUUUUAAAAUUUUUGAAUUUAUGUUUCUUGAGGGCAACAAUCUGAAGUAAGGCUGAGCUUGGGCCAGUUGGGGCUAAAUGGAGCUGUUCUAUGUGAAUAUUACAUGUAAAAAGUAAGAUCAAGUAUCUGCAACUUAGUUGAAAUGCAUAAAAAUAAGAUGGAUUGAUAAGUGGAUAAAGCAAUAAAUGUUUCAGGGAGAUAUGAGAUAUUAACAUUCA